UUUUUUCCUUUUCCAUACAUGCACAUUCUCUUGACUGAAUGAACUUUUUUUUUUUUCUUUUUCUUUUUCUUUUUCUUUUCUUUCUUUCCACCAAGAAGCUGCCCAUCUCUUCUUCUAUAUCUUCUACAUUUUCACCUUCCUUGGGUUGGUGAGGAAGUUUGACAUACUUUAUUGCUAUAUAGCAAAAAGAGAGAGAGGUCCAAGGAUUAAUUAAUUUCUAUGGAGAACUAUCAAAUGUUCUUUCCUUGUUCGUCGCCGACCAUGCAGGCUACAACAAGCUCUCAAGUUAAUUAUAACAAUAGUUUUCAUGAAGAUGGGUCUAAUGGGUUGUUAAGGUUGAAGACAGACAGUUUGGUUCAAAGAUUGGAAGAAAAUCAUCAUCAUCAUCAUCAUCACCAUGAUCUUCCUCCAUCUGGAGGAAGCAAUAUUGUUGGGGGAAAUUCCUCCUCCGCCGGCGGAAAGAAAAAGGAGAAGAAGAUCAGAAAGCCUAGGUAUGCCUUUCAAACCAGGAGUCAGGUUGAUAUACUUGAUGAUGGUUACCGGUGGAGGAAAUAUGGGCAAAAGGCAGUUAAGAAUAACAAAUUCCCCAGAAGCUACUACCGGUGCACACAUCAAGGGUGCAAUGUAAAGAAGCAAGUCCAACGAUUAACCAAAGAUGAGAGCGUUGUAGUCACCACCUAUGAAGGGAUGCAUAAUCAUCCUAUAGAUAAGCCUACCGAUAAUUUCGAACAAAUACUCACUCAGAUGCAAAUUUACUCAUCCUACUGAGUUCAAAACCCCAAUUUACACAUGCAGAUAUAUAUAUAUAUAUAUAUAUAUUGGUGCAGCUGUCUUGUUUAAUUUUGUGAACGAUAUGCAUUUCAAUCCUUGUGUAUGAAAUAAAGUGGUAGGAAGAAUUGUAACUUCAUAGCGGAUGAAGUUAUAAUAGGGAGGAAUUAUGGUUUUUGCAGUACCCUAAAGUCUUGAUCAGACAACUAUUGUUUUAGUUCCCCCCCUUUUUUUUUUUUUUUGGUUGUUGUUUGUUGUAAUUUCUCAAUAUCUCCAAGGUAUGAACUUGUUUGAGCCUUUGGAACUUGUAGCUUGUCAAUAUGCCAAAAAUAACAUAAUUUUUGUUCU